GGUGAAAAAGUCCCUCUGAAGUGACGGAUGAGGGAAGUUCACAGGUUUUCACUUUUCACCGACUUCUCCACGUAAGACAUUUUGCUUCUUGCCUGCACAGCCAAGUCUGAUCCCUGAAAAUCAACUUGAAGGGAACUUUGGAUACAAGUUUAAAGACGAGACCUUCAAAGAAAAGGUGAGAGGAUUGGAGAGAGGGGUACGAUGCAGGCGCGCUACCCCGUGUCCAGUCCAAGCCCUCUAGGCGUAGUGCCUUACAUCACCGGAGAGCAAGGGUUUUAUCGAGCUGCGGCCGGUGGAGGAUAUACCGGUAUGCCUGCGCCUAUGAGUAUGUACUCUCAUGCAGCGCACGAGCAGUACCCCAGUGGGAUGGCUCGCGCCUAUGGGCCAUACGCUCCUGCGCAACAGCCAAAGGACAUGGUGAAGCCUCCAUACAGCUACAUCGCGCUUAUAACCAUGGCUAUCCAGAACUCCGCCGAUAAAAAGAUCACGUUGAACGGGAUCUAUCAAUUUAUCAUGGAACGUUUUCCAUUUUACCGGGACAAUAAGCAAGGCUGGCAGAACAGCAUACGACAUAACCUAUCACUUAAUGAGUGCUUCGUCAAAGUGCCACGAGAUGAUAAGAAGCCAGGUAAGGGCAGCUACUGGACUCUAGACCCGGACUCGUAUAACAUGUUUGAAAACGGCAGUUUCUUGCGACGAAGGCGCCGCUUUAAGAAGAAAGAUGUGCUGAGGGAUAAAGAGGAGCGGGACCGACAGGACAAAGAUAACCCGGGACAACAAGCAUGCGAGCAAGAACCACAGCAGCCAGUGAAGCUCCGGGAAAUAAAGACGGAGAACGGGGCCUGCACGCCUCCGCAUGAUAGUACUCCACCACUCAGCGCAGUGGCCAAAACGGAGAGCCCGGAGAAGAGCGGCGGGAGCGCUUGUAGCGGGAGUCCUCAAACGCAAACGACACAACAGGGUUUUAGCAUGGAUACAAUCAUGGCAGGACUUCGAGGGUCCCCACAGCACGCCGCAGAGCUCCCGGCCUCUCGCGCUGCUCUUCCAGGCUCAGUGUCUCUGACCUACUCGCCAUCACCGCAGCCGCACUACAGUCCACCCUGCGGCCAGCCCGCCACCUAUCACUGCAACAUGCAAGCUACGAGCCUUUACACUGGGGACCGGGGCCACGAGGAUAACACUUUACCGGAAUACACAAACACAACAAGCGCCUCCUCUAUCUCACACCCCCAUCAGAGCUCGAGUCAGGAGAGCCAGCACUUGCAACAGAACCGACUCGCACCCUGGUACCUCAAUCAGUCCGGAGAGCUGGGACACCUGAGCGCGAGCUAUCCCGCUCAGCAGCAGAACUUUCACGCGGUGCGCGAGAUGUUCGAGACGCAGCGGAUAUCUCCGGUGACCGGAAGCAAUAGCUGUCAAAUGGCUUUUCCGUCCAGUCAGCCACUCUAUCGGGCUCCCGGAGCCUUUGUAUACGAUUGCAGCAAGUUCUGACCAAAAGUUUUAUGAAUUUCAAAAUUGUUUAAUAUAUAUUUGUAUUUUCCAUGUUUUUUGUAAUUUAAGGAAACGAUUAGACAGUGAACUCGAGGUUAUAUGCCAGUUUGUGUUGGUAAGUAGGCCUAAAAUAAGUCUGCUGUGGUCGUCGGACUGCACAUAAGCAUUCUCUACCUGCUCGUCAAAAUGGACGAAAGGCAGAUGUGGGGAAAUUUGUUAAUUUAUUUUAUGCUAGAGCAAGUUGACCAACUUUGUAAGGAAAUGUCUUAAACUAUUUAUAAUCAAUUCAGUAUAGAAAGGUAACGACUGUACAACUGAGUUACUUUUUUCCUCAUAUAUUUUUUGAAAAUAUCCAAAGUUACUAUUUGUUAAAUAAAUUCUCGUUUUCUUGGA